AUGGGUCGAAAAUUGUUUCUCAUCUCGGGGGCCGAGACGAUCACACGGCUCUUGCCGUGCCUUUGCGUCUGGUGGAGCCUUCGCGACGUCGAGUAUACGCUGUGCAUGGCCUACGACAGCCGACUUCGAGACGUCGCACCCCCCAGUCGCCCUCCCACGCCCCACCGAAAACGAACCAGGUUUCAUGGCGUGGCCGUCUGGCGCUAUACAAUUGCCGUCAGUCGCGUUGUGAGCGUCACGUGGGGCACAACCGUCGUUGCCUUGUCGCUCAUCUACUCGUCUUGGAAUGGACUCCGCGCGCCGUGCACCCAUGGGUGCCUCACGUCCGUGAACCCGUGGUUCACGCUAGAGCCGCAGUGCCGGCAGCGUUGCGUGCCUUGCACCCAGACACGCUACAGCUACUGA